AUGUCUGUAGGAGCGUUUCGAGGCGCACAAUCGCCUGUAUGGAGUGCAUUUCUCCUGCUGCUUGCUUCUGAAUGUAACAAUCGUCUCGGUACAUCGCUGGACGAGGCAGAGCUCGCGGCAUUCGUCCAGGAGCAGUUUCCGCUUCAGUCCAUGCUCAAGGUCGUGGGCAAUGGCCAUGCUUUUGGCAACAUGACCACUUGCGUAGACGUCAGCAUUACGAAUCGUGACUCCUACAUUAUCAGUCUUACCAACCUUAACUAUAUGACGAUCAACCCAGAUAACACGGUGACUUUUGGUGCUGGCUGGGAUCUGAUCGACCUCGUGCCCACGCUUCGCGCGAAGGGCUUGUCUGUCAUAAAUCUCGGCACUGAAAGGGUGCAGAACUACAUCGGCGCAUUCACCACCGGUACGCAUGGCACUGGACAAAGUUUGGGCAAUCUCGCGACUCAGGUGGUCGGCUUCCGCGUGAUGGAUGCAACUGGCAACAUCACCAUUGUCAAUCAAACCCACAACUCGCAUUUACUGCCGGCCUUCAGAAUCUCCCUUGGCGCCCUCGGUCUGAUUACAGAGGUUACUAUCCAAGCGGAGCCGCUGAACUACCUGAAGCGCACCACGCAAGUGUUUACAGGAAGCUCGAAUCUCACUCAGAUGUAUUCAGAUAUCUACGGUCUCUAUCAGCAGUACGAUCGCAUGAUGGUGCGGGGUCCUCACAUGAUCUGGGAUCCCGUGGCUUCAAACUGGACCAUCGAUUCGCAGAUGAGUGUUACUUACUGGGAGCCCACUAGUGUUACUGGGGUGUAUAAUUGUUCGACAAAUUACUGUGCCAACGGUUGCGGUCAGUGCUUGCGCGACUACUUUUGCUACGAUGAGGCCUCGGAUGCCGUCUCUACGCCUCCCGGCGGUGUAUGCAAUCGCUUCUUCUAUGCUGAGAUCGAACACUUCCUCCCGGUGGAAAAUUUUGUGGCGGCGGCAGUAGAUUACACUAAUUUCCAACUCGCCGAGGCACCGAGUAUGGGGGCCUACAACAACAUGAAUAUGAUCUACGAAUUGCGCUUUGUGAAGGGCGAUGAUGCGUGGAUGUCGCCUGUCAACACCUACAAUCUCGGGCAGAAUCUUAGCGGCAUCUUCGCUGUAAUCGAAAUAGACUGGUACAUGACUUACAACAACUUUGGUUCUACCAGUCCCUCGCUCAGAAGUUCAUUCCUCAAUUUGCUCCAACAGUCUAUGGAUCCACAGUGCCAGUUUGUCAACGAAUUCUUAAUUCAACACCUCGGUAUCACUCGCUGUCAGGGCAUCUUCGACAAGUCCUCGAGAGCGAAGCGCGCGGCGCGCCGCACGCAGGCUGCAACCGUCGCUGCCGAGCAUGGCUUUUCUCUGUCAGAGAAGACGAAUAUGAUCAUGAUUACGAUCAACAUUAUACUUUUGGCGUUGCUGUACCAGCGCGGUGCCUUCUCCGGUUUCAGUCCUAGCGCUUCUCAGAAUGCGAAGUCGCCAGAGAAGCACCAAAGCGAAUAG